UCCAUAUAUUCAGACAUAUAUUUGAGAAGUGGAGAACUAGUGGAAAAGCUGCAACUCUUUGAAGAUACAAGCCUUACCGUAUUUCUCUUGUUGCAUGUCUGGAAAGUAAUAAGGGAAACCUCAGCCACAGUUCAUCAGAAUGCAGCGGAGUCUGUUACAUACUGCUGCUCAGCUGGCACAUGGGACAUACGUGGUUCUUCCUCGCACUGGUAUCUUUCAGUGCUUAAAAGGACAAUCAGUGUUGUCUAAUAUUGGAUGCAAAGUGAUUUUGGCACUGGACCCUCCUAAACGAUGUCUUCAUGCAGGUGCAGCGUGCUUUGCCUCAAAUAAAAGUGCUUCUUCAUCACAGCCAGCAGACAGUCCUCACAAAGUACUAGAAGAGAGAAAUCGUUUGACUUCAGCCACUGAUACGCCCAAGCAGAGUCCUGUAGGAUCCAAUUCUUCAGAACCUGAUCCAUUACAAGACAAAUCAAUUAGUCUUGUUCAGAGAUUUAAGAAAACUUUUAAACAGUAUGGAAAAGUCAUGAUUCCAGUGCAUCUUGUGACUUCCACUGUGUGGUUCGGAUCCUUCUACUAUGCAGCCAUGCAAGGAGUGAACAUUGUUCCAUUCCUAGAGUUGAUUGGCUUACCAGACACCGUGGUGAACAUCCUGAAAAAUUCCCAGAGUGGAAAUGCGCUAACAGCAUAUGCAUUGUAUAAAAUUGCAACUCCUGCCAGAUACACUGUGACUUUGGGAGGAACAUCCAUCACUGUUAAGUAUCUACGUAAGCAUGGCUACAUGUCCACACCACCACCAGUAAAGGAAUAUAUACAAGAUAGGAUGGGGGAAACAAAAGAUAAGAUUACAGAGAAGAUGGAGGAAACAAAAGGAAAGAUUACAGAGAAGAUGGAGGAAACAAAAGAUAAGAUUACAGGGAAGAUGGAGGAAACAAAGGAUAAGAUUACGGAGAAGAUACAAGAAACCAAAGAUAAAGUUUCCUUUAAAAAAAUAAAGGAGUAGGAGAGAUGCUUAAUUUUUGGCUAUAUCAAACUUAGCACUUUAACCCUUUGUGAGACAGGAUAUACAAAGUGCACUUCUGAGCUUUUUUUUUUCUCUUCUCCCCUUCCGAGACUACAGUUGCUUUGUGGAUUUAAAAUUCCUGUAUAUUCACCAAGCUUAAAGUUCCCUGAGGGAGAGGUUGUAAUGAGAUAUCAACUCGCAGAUGGAAAAGUGCAUCUCGGAUUAGAAGUCCGUAUGUCGGUUGGUAGUAGUGUUAAUGGCUGCUCUGCCUUUUUAUCUCUACCACACACACCCUCCUCCCCAUACCCCUCAAAGAUAGUUUCUUCCAGAAGCCACUACUUUAUUCUUCCAUCAUAGUGCACAGCCAUUAUUCUGUUAGAUUGAAUCUUCCAUUAAAUGAGAAGGAAGAUUUCUCUCUCUACUGGGAAAGGCAACGUAUUUUGGUUUUCAGAGUAUGUGGACCCAAGCCUCUUCAGUCGUGAUCAUCCCUCAACUUGGUGACAGACCAUUAUCACUGGUACUGCACAUGAAGGAAUCCAUGGAUUAGCUACUUGGCCUGAAUGAAUUAUAAUGACUGCAUUGACUUGAGCUGAGCUGUGAUCCUUUAGGGGCUGAGACUAUGAAUCUUUCUUGGAUGGUGUAUCUUUUCAGAAAUCUCAACUGAAAGCUCUAAGAGGAUGAAUUAAUCGCAGUAGCCAUACUGUCAAGUAUACUUUGUUUCCUAAAGUUGAUUUACAGUAGAAAAUUAUUAAAUGAUAUUAAUAAUUGUCUAUUAAAAAUUAGGUUAUUUUUUUAUCAUGUUAAAGUUUACAAAACUGUUCUAUUUCAUUGUUUGGAGAAAAAAAAACAAAACCCUAAAUGAGAAGUUUACUUGAGAAAUGUGUAUAUUAAGUGGAUUUUUGAAUACAUGUGAAACUAAGAGUUAAACCGGAAAGUUCUUCCUCCUAUGCAGGAGUUCCUCAGGCUUCGGUAGAACAAUUCAACUAAAAUAAGCAUAAUUUCUGAGACAGUCUACCAAACUUUCUUUCCUUCUAGAUUUUCUUGGGUCAAGCAAAUACUUAUUCAUUGCUGAAGGCUGAAAUGCUGUCUCAGAGAUGUCAUAAAGGACUAAAGUUGGAACUGUUCUAUUUGACUGGGCAGGCAAGCUGCUCUCUUGGCUUUAUUCAAAUGCAGGCUAAAGAAGGGUGUUUUUCCUAUUCCUAUUACAGGUCUCAUGUUUUAGCCAGUCUCUGCUGGUUUAUCUUGUUUAACAAAGGUGGGGUUUUUGCAGGGGAGUAUGGGGAGAAGCAACAGAGUUGAACCCUGAGCUUUGUAAAUGACUAGAGUAAAAUAAUUGUAGCUGAUAAAAUAUCAGCACUGCCUCACUCUUACGUUUUCAGUCAAGUCACUGAGGGCCUCCCUGUGUUUCAGUGAGUUGAACUUCAUUAACUUAACUGUGCAGGACUCUGCCUUGUUUCCACGUCAAAUAGUAACUGCAAUGUAAUGCCUAACUCACAGGGAAGUUGUGAGGAAUAAUCAUUGUAAAUUUGGUGCCCUGAAGAUGUAAAGUGCCAUGUUUCUGAUAAGUAUUAUUAAAAAAAAUAAUCUGUGAACUUG